CAAUGCUUGCUCCAAUACAUCUUCCCACGUUAUCUCUCUCUCUCUCUCUCUCUCUUUCUCUCACUCGCGCACACACAUUAAAUCCUCUACAAAAAGGCCAUUACCAAGUUGUUUUACUAAGCCAAACCAUCGAAGAACCACAAGGUUGGAGGGGUGCAGAGAUGAGCAUGGAAUCAGUAGCCAGGGCAUCUCAAACCCUAGGCAGCGGGCCAAAUGGUCAGCAGGCUAGGAACUGGUGCGGCCACUUCCAGAUGCCACUGCACUACCCAAGGUACAACAAAGCUGACUACGAGGCCAUGCCAGAGUGGAAGCUUGAUUGUUUGCUUAAAGAGUAUGGACUACCCAUUUCCGGAGAUGUUGAGCAAAAGAGAAAGUUUGCCAUGGGAGCUUUUCUGUGGGCUCGCCAGACUUCUUAUUGAUCUUUUCUUGGUAUGCUUUUGUUAGUUCCUUCCAGUUUGAUCUGGGUUCUUCGUGAUUACUUACCUAAAACAAAGUAUUUGGACAAUGAUCAAAACUGGUAGGAAAUAUCAAUUGCGUACAACGAUGCCAAUGGUGGUGUUAUUAUCAUCUUCUACUCUGAAAAAAAUUGUUGAUUAGGGCUAUGUAUUUUAGUUAAUACUACUGUUAAUGUUGUUAAUCGUUUAACAAAAAAAAGAUCUUAGUUUUUAUGUUUUAAUAAAAAAAAGCCUUUGUCUUCUGACGUUGGCCAAAGUUUCCAGAAGUUCUUAAUUCAUUUUUGAGUGAAUGAUGGUUUGGGUUGUUGAGUAAAAAACUGAAAUAUUACCCUGCAAAAGAGUGAAAAAAGGAAAAGAAAGAAAGACACCUUGAACUUACAAGUCAAGCCAAAGCCAUCAUUUUCACAAGGUGAUAUGCAAAAAGAUUGAUUAUAAUAAAAUAAAAAUUGCAAAUGCGCUCCUAAUCAUGACUCAUACAUC